CGUAUCUAUCGAAAAUCUACAUGCGACCUGUUGACCUCCGCACCAUACGAAGUACUGCCUAUCUCGUUUGCACCUCGAAGAUCGUCAUCGCGAGAUGGAGAGCUGCGUUCGCAAGCCCGCGGGCGGAGUGUGCGUCACCUCGGUCGCCGCGCACCGUCGUAAACAGCCCCCAAUACGAAUGGCCGCGUUAGCUUCGUAUACAUGCGGCAAUCGUCUGCUCUUUGUUGCCGUUUGCUGUCCUGCGACGCCUCCCAGCUGCAGCUUCGCUCUUGUGUCGCCAUGUCGUCGUCGCAGGGUCCUCAUUCAACCUCGAUCAUGAUGGGCCAAUCUCACGGAGGUGAAACACGAUACCACCGAUCAUCGUCGCACACGCUGCCUGAGACCCACUGUGCGUCUUAUCUUAUCAGCAGUCAUGCCAAGACCAGCAUCGAGUCGUUGCAGCAUGCGUCCUUACGACGUUUAAGUUGAGUCGAAAUUUAGGGUCAUGUAUGGCAAAUGCGCCAUCUGGCUUAAUUACCAUCUGUAAACACUGUUGUUCGUAUAGAUGCUAAUUAUGUCGCUGCUGUCCUGGGGACCAGCAGCCGUUGCCAAGUAUAAGUACAGCCGGCGCCUUCCUGCUCCAAGGCCGCGACUGCAAUUCCUGAUUUGGUCGCACACCAACAAUUGUACAACGUUAGCAUCGCUCCUCGCAUGAAAAGUAGCAUCAAGGCUAAGUUAUCGUAGCCUUGAGAAGUAUGCUGUAUCUGCCGAGAAUUUGCAGACAAACUUCGACUACUGGUCGGAUUCCCAAGCUCUCAAGACUGCAGCGUCUUUCUGCGACCCGAGUGACACGGCGCCCGAGUAGCCUCCGGCCAAGAUGCAUGAUGCAGCCCUUUUGACCAGCUUCACGCUCGCCAUCCAUAAUUCUCAAGUGAGUAGUGCUCUUCACAG